CCAGACAGAUGGACCAUUUUUCCUUUCAAUUUACUGAGACAGAGAAGAAUUGAGGACUGAAGCAUGUCAUCACUGUAUCAUUUCCUCCUGAAUGUAUGAAAUCCUAACAGCUUAGAAUCAAGCACAGUUCUUGGCAUACAACAGGAGGAGAUUGAUAGUCUGUUGACUGAGUGAAUGAAUGAAUAAAUAAGGAGAUGAAAUUACUUUCUUCCACUGAAGAAGCUGCCCGCUGGGAAGGAGACAUGAACACUAAUUUUAAAAUGUUGAGUGCUGCUGGGAGGCUAGCCUGCACAGUGAGUCACAGUGGAGCUGUUCUGGACAACUAGGAAGCGUUGGCCAUCAUGAACAACAGGCUGGCAGAAACCAGUGGGGACAGGUCCAGCUGGAGAGCUGCCCCCAGGACCAAAUCUUUGGGACAAGCCUGACCAGCAUGAAAAUCAGCCAGAGGUGGUUCCACUGGUGGAUUCCCAGGAUCAGCAUCCAGAGUCCCCUGAAGAGCUAGAACCACUUCCAUUGAAGCAGGAGGUUUCGACUCAGCCUCCAUAGCCCCCGGAGAUGGAUGAGAACUACACAAACCUGCAGGUGGCCCUGGCUGAGCCUUCCUACACUCCUGAAGAGGCUGAGCCUCUAGUCCAGGAGGAAGCCCUAGCUCCAUCUUCAGCGCACCCUCAGGGGACACUUCCACAUCCCGGGCAGGUUCCCAGUCAGCGUCCAAACCUGACUCAGGUCACAGCUGCACCUGUGGACCUGGACGUUUCCGGACCUCAGCAGCCAGAGCCAUCUGAGACAGGUUUUCCAUCACUGACUCAGAAUUCAGUGGUGAACACCACCAAAAACAACAUAUGUGAGCUCUGUAGCUGCACAGAUGAGACGCUGGCAUGCGUAGGUCUCAGCCCAGAGCAGAAGCUCCAGAGUGUGCCUUUGCCAGAGCCCAACGCUCACAAUGGCACCUUCACGAUCUUAAAUUUCCAAGGAAACUCUAUUUCUUACGUUGAAGAAAAUACAUGGAAGUCAUACACUUGGGCUGAGAAACUAAUUCUCAGUGACAAUCAGUUGAGUGAAUUACAUAAGGACUCAUUUGAAGGCCUGCUAUCCCUCCAGUAUUUAGAUUUAUCCUGCAAUAAAAUACAGGCUAUUGAAAGACUUACAUUCGAAUCACUACCUUUUCUGCAGUUUAUAAAUCUUGGCUGCAAUCUAAUUGGAGAACUGAGCUUUGGAACAUUUCAGGCCUGGCAUGGAAUGCAGUUCUUACACACAUUAAACCUCAGUCAUAAUCCUCUGACAACUGUUGAAGAUUCUUAUUUUUUCAAAUUGAGAGCAUUAAAAUAUUUAGACAUGGGAAAAACCCAAGUGACACUUAAAACAGUUGAGAGCAUCGUCAUGAUGAGCCCCAAGUUAGAAAAACUGAUUUUACCUAGCCGUAUGGCCUGCUGCCUCUGCCAAUUUAAAAAUAAUAUUGAGAUUUUCUGCAACACAGUCAAGCUGCAUUGUGACAGUGAAUGUCUGACAAACUUCACAUAUUGUGGCGGCUGUAAGCUGGGAGGAGAUUCUGGGCAACUGCUGGGGGCGUGGCUGCUCUGCCGCCGCUGCGGGUACGUGCAGUCACUCCUGGGCUACUGGGAAGCCCUUGUUGGGGGCCACACCGGCUGUUGGAACUACUGGCAGGAUGCGGCCCCGUGCCGGCCAUCCAGAGCAAAGCCAGUGAUUCACCUCCGCCGCGCCAGCUCCACGCUCGUUCCGCGCACCCACGCGCACACCUGGCCCGAGAUGGCGGCGGCGGCAGCGGGGGACUCCGACUCCUGGGACGCGGACACGUUCUCCGUGGAAGACCCGGUGCGGAAGGUGGGGGGCGGCGGCGGUCCUGCUGGUGGGGACCGCUGGGAAGGUGAGGACGAGGACGAGGGCGUCAAGGAUAACUGGGAUGACGAUGAUGACGAAAAAAAAGAGGAAGUAGCAGUAAAAUCAGAAGUAAAAGUUUCAGAAAAGAAAAAAAUAGCAGAGAAGAUAAAAGAGAAAGAACGGCAGCAGAAGAAAAGGCAAGAAGAUAAUAAAAAGAGGUUAGAAGAACAUGAAGAACCUAUGCUAACACCAGAAGAACAAUUAGCAGAUAAACUGCGGCUAAAGAAAUUACAGGAAGAGUCAGACCUUGAAUUAGCCAUAGAAACUUUUGGUGUUAAUAACACAGUUUGUGGAAUAGAUGCUAUGAACCCAUCUUCAAGAGAUGACUUCACAGAAUUUGGAAAGUUACUAAAAGACAAAAUUACACAAUAUGAAAAGUCAUUAUAUUAUGCCAGUUUUUUGGAAGCCUUAGUUCGAGAUGUAUGUAUUUCAUUGGAAAGUGAUGACUUGAAAAAGAUUACCAAUUCAUUGACUGUACUUUGCAGUGAAAAACAGAAGCAAGAAAAGCAAAGCAAAGCCAAAAUGAAGAAGAAAGGUGCGGUUCCUGGAGGGGGAUUAAAGGCCACCAUGAAGGACGAUCUGGCAGAUUAUGGUGGUUAUGAUGGAGGGUAUGUACAAGACUAUGAAGACUUCAUGUGACAUUUGAUCUUCUCCUGGUGUCUUCUUUCUGUUGCCCACAAUCCCUUCAACAUGUAGCACAACUUCCUUUCCUUUCAGUUCUGCCAAAUGCUACAAUCAGAAGUGCAGUAUCUUUUAUGCUGGUUAUUUAACCCCUUGACACUUAGGUGCUAAUGUGUGAACAAGGGAACUUGGAUCUUGCUGCCAAGGGGUUAAAAUUGGGAACCUCAGUUGCUACUAAAUCAUAGUUAAAAAAAGAAACCUAAUAAUGUUGUCAUUGUUGUUGAUUCCACAAGAACAGUCACUAAAUUGGAAACUAAAGUUGCAAAACGACGAAAAAUCUGUGUAGUAUUUACCAGCACCAUUCAGUAAUACAGCCUUAUCCAUACCUCCUUGAACUACUUCAUAACUUGUCAAGAAAAGCAGUUUGCAACAAGGGAAUGUGGUGUGCACCUAGUAUUAAAAUUGCUUUGUCUUAAAAUUGAGCAUGAGGAUAUUAGAAAUACAUUGUGAAGAAGACUGCUCAGAGUGAAGAUACCGUGGCUGAAAAGCACUAGUUUGAUACUUAAAAUCAAAUGACCAAACCCUCCAACUUUGAAUCUGAAGAAGGUGUUGGAAGCCCAGGAACAUUUCACAGGUGCCCUUGACAGCAGAGUUCCACCAAUAAAAUGUACUUGUGUGAAAUCCGGAGGGUAGAAAGGAGGUGGAAGCCGUUCUUUCCUCCUCUGGGGCGGCAGAUGUACAGGCUGCAUGUUGGCCUCCAUGCACCCCACCAGUCACCAGGCAGCAAUGACCUCAGCAGUAGUUUCCAGAAGUUUCCUGGGUUCUGAGUGGCAACAGCAACUGUGAGUCUGUGGAAAGCAGCUACAGCAAAGUAAACUGAAAGCUAGUGGGGUGCAGUGCCCCCACCCUCAGCUUUCACCACUAGCCCCUCCAAUGAAAAGAACCAAUUGUUUGUAUACAAGCUUUCUGUUUGUUUGUUUGAAAUAUCUACAGUGGUUUCUGUUUUCCUGUCUAUGGUAACUGUAAAAUGUCUGCAAAUUCUUUGAGUCUUUUUUCUUCAAAAGGUUUCAAUGUGAGCUGGAUUUAGUGACUGACUUUUAACCAUUCAUGUUAUGUGACAGAAGUGAUGCUAUAUGCUUUCUGAGGCUAGGUCAUAAAAAGUGUAAUUUCCAUCUGUCUCCCUCUCUGGAUUGCUCACUCUGGAGGAGGCCAGCCAUCACGCUGUGGGGACAUUCAAUCAUGGAGCAUGGGGACAGGCCCAUAUGAGGAGGACUGAGGCGCCCUCCAGCAUCCGGCACCACCGUGGGAGCCAUGUAAGUGAGCAGCACACCUUGAAAGUGGACCUCCAGCCUGUGAAGCCUUCAGAUCUGCAGCCCUGGCAGAGAUCUUGAGACCCUCAUGAAAGACCCAGAGCCAGAACUGCCCAAACUACUCCUGAAUUCUUGGCUCACAGAAAUUGUGAGGAAUAAAUGUUUAUUGCUAUUUUAA